CCUAACUCUCCAUAAUCACUUGCUCCCAAAUAGAGCUCUUCUCCCUCGUUCUCCUGAUCCCUAGUAAACACGGUGGUCGUUGCUAGGGCUUAUGAUUUCAGGCUAUUCCUAAUGGUUCAUGUCUCCGGUCGAUAGUAUAAACCGAAAAAUUCCGCUGGGACAUUUGGCCACAUCAAUCCGGAAAACUAUUGUCUGAGUUGUACUAUCGCAAGGAGCUUAUGGCUUUAGGUCUUUGCGAUCUGCAUAAGACUUUUUUUCUGCUUCCCGAACGUUCUACUUUUCCAUUCACCUGGUCUUUCGUAGAAGAUUCAGACCAGACUAUUUGUCAAUCAGGUCGUCAAUUACACUCUUGUACACUCUUCGUGAAGGAUUUUAUGGAAAGCCAAUGGUCCUCAUUUGAAAGUCAUCAUAACAAUGGCAAUUGUUCGUAAGUUGGAUAAACAAGAGGAGCAAUUAUGCAAACUUCAUCUCCAUGUCAACUUUUUUGUUUCUUUGUGGACUAGUAAUUAGUUUGAUAGUUUAAUAUUUUAAGUAAUUACUAGCAUGGUGUUUAUAUUUAUUAAGCUUUUUGGAAGAUAUUUUUGUUUUAAAUAUUAAGAAUAUUGUUGUAAACAAGUUAAGUUUUAAUUUAAAUUAUGUUUUUGUGUUUUGCA